ACGGGGAAAUGUAAACUGCACUGAGCUGAAAGCUCUGCAGCUCAGCCGAGUUCCACUUAAAUAAGCUGUCUUUUGCUGGAUCAUUGUAUGGUCACUGGAAAUGAUUAAUUGAUAAUGAAGUGGUUGAUGUUGAUGCAUUUAUUUGGAACGGACUGUGCCACAAGCCGCUGCUUGCAGUGAAAGUGAAUGGUAGUAAAGCGAAGGAGAACACUCCAUCUGAAUUCUUUCGGCAUUUGGGAGAAGCUGAGGGACCAAUCGCAUCACAUCUAAUUGCUCACUUAAAGAUGGAGCUGAAGGAAACUUUCCAAAUUCAUCCUUGCGUGUUGCUGCCCACAGCAUUUCAUCUGAAAGUGUUGACUGGCAUUUAACAACAAUAGACUUCAGAUCUUACUGCUAACUGGGCACAUUUUCUCCCCAUGGCCUGUUUACUGGUGGGGGCUCUCCUUCUGGUAGCCCAAGCCUAUACGGUGCACUCAGGAACUUCUCAGUGGAGGGAAGGAACUCUGCUUCAGUCAUUAAAAUACCACGGUGAAUUAGAAGGCAAUGAAUCCGAACAUAAGUCACCACUGCCGCAGACUUCCAUUACGAGCCAAAUAAUUCCACAAACCAUCAUUAUUGGUGUUCGCAAGGGUGGAACCAGGGCUCUGUUGGAGAUGUUGGACAUUCACCCUGAUAUUGUAGUUGCUGCCACUGAGGUCCACUUUUUUGAUUGGGAUGAGAACUAUGUGAAAGGUUUAGAAUGGUACAGAACGCUGAUGCCUUUCUCUUACCCGCACCAAACCACAAUAGAGAAAACCCCAGGCUAUUUCACAUCGGUUAAGGCUCCAAAAAGAAUCCAUGAUAUGAACAGUUCUACCAGAUUGUUGUUGAUUCUGAGAGACCCGACUGAGAGAGUGAUCUCGGACUAUACCCAAGUAUACUACAAUCGGCUGGAAAACCACAAGCCUGUCCAAGCCAUAGAGGAAAUGGUCAUUAAAAAUGGAGCACUCAAUACUAAAUACAAGGCCAUCCAGAGAAGUCUGUAUGACAUUCACAUGGGCAACUGGCUACAUUAUUUUCCACUGCACCAAAUACACAUAGUUGAUGGCGGGGCUCUUAUUAAGAACCCAGUGGAAGAGUUACAGAAAGUGGAAAUAUUUCUCAACAUUCCUGCUAAGAUAAUGACGUCAAAUUUCUACUUUAAUCAAACCAAGGGGUUCUAUUGUCUUCGAAGUGAUGGCAAAGAAAGAUGUUUACAUGAAUCCAAGGGUCGACCCCACCCGGUUGUGAACGGGACUGUGCUGAAGGAGCUGCACGCUUACUUUAGAGAACACAACGAGAGAUUUUUCAGGAUGGUCAAACAAUCCUUUAACUGGCAUUAAAGCACGUGGAAGAUGCAAGUCGCCUCAGCGAGGGUUAAAGCAAUUGAAACCAUUUUGCGAUUUUGUAACGGCAUCCUUUUUAAUUCAUGGACAAAUUAGAGCAGUUUGUGGUCUGCUGCCAUAGUUGGUGGGCAGGGUCAACCAAUCGCCACACGAAGGCUGGACAAUAACAUCAACAGAUUGCGUCAUUGGUGAGAACAAACUUAGAACUCCCAAUUUUAAAGAAGAGAAACGUGCCCAGUGACAAAACAUUCCUUGAUGGAAACAAGAAACAUUAAUAUACAGUAUAUUUCAACGGAAUUGACACUGCUGAUAUGUUCCAACGGUAUGAAUAUAGAUGAGAAAUAUUGACAACCCUUGUCAAUUAUUCUUUGCUUAAUUGGCUUGUUACCAUUUAUGUUCUGCUGAGUGUUGCUUCCCCAACCAGUUGACCUGGAAUUGCAUUUCCAUUUCCAAUUGAGUGUGUAAAUGACCACCACCAACCUUCUCCAAUAAAGGUAUUUUGCAUGUUUGAAGAUGCAUGAUAUUAUUUCUGUUUAAAAUAUUCAUACGUAAUAAUUCAGAAAUGAAAGUGGCAAUGGACUUGUGUUACUAUAUUCAAUACAUAUACUGUAAUAUAUUGUAAAUGGUUAGAUAAAAUUAUGAUUUGUGAACUUAUUACUCAUAGUUGCUUUAAAUUAACAAGAGCUCCAAUGUAAACCUUUUUCUCUGCCGUCUUUGUGCUAUUUAUAUUAAAAUAAAUAAUAUUUUUUUA